UGCCGUUCAAGGGCUUUAUAACACUUAACUCAAAUUUAACACUUACAAGUCCUACAACCACUUUGGCAGUUAUUGGUCUAACUGACAAUCCUCUGCCACCAUGGAGGAAGGUACAAAGUUAGAGUACAAUUCUGUAAUGUCAUGCAAAAUUAAAGGAAAAGGUGGAUUUAGAGCUUCUUCUUUCAUCUAUGGUUUUGUUGGAUUAGACAACAUUGGAUUUGUAGCAAACAUGGUGAGCAUGGUAUUAUACUUGUCUUUGAAGAUGCAUUUCGACCUCAGCGGUUCAGCCAACACGGUCACUAACUUGUUAGGCUCAACAUAUUUGCUCUCUAUCAUUGGUGGUUUCAUUUCUGAUACUUACCUCAACAGAUUCCACACCAUUCUCAUUUUUGGAACUGCUGAAAUACUCGCAUGGGCGUUGAUGACGACUCAAGCUCGUUACACAAUUUUGCAACCUAAGUCUAAUUCGUUAGAAGGUGGGAUAGCAGUAUUGUUCUAUGUGUCAGUGUGUUUGUUAGCAUUGGGUACUGGUGGUGUUAGGGGAGCGUUACCAGCAUUGGGUGCAGACCAAUUUGAUGAGAAUAAUUCAAAAGGGGCAGUUGGAAAAUACUUCAACUGGCUAUUGCUAAGCUCAGUGUCAGGUUCAGCAAUUGGUGUCACAAUUAUUGUUUGGGUUAGCACUAAUAAAGGUUGGUGGCUGGGUUUCCUCAUCAGUUUUGCUACUACUUUUAUUGGUUUCAUUAUUUUUGUCUUUGGAAAGCCAUUCUAUCGACUUCAACUUCCUGCUCAAACCCCACCACUCACAAGGAUACUCCAGGUUAUCACUGUGGCGAUCAGAAACCGAAAGCUGCCAUUACCAGAUAACCCUCAACACUUGUAUGAGAAAAACUCAGACUCAACAGACCCUAAAAUUGCUCAUACUAAUCAAUUCAGGUGUUUAGACAAAGCUGCAGUUGUUCCAAAAAGUAUUGAACUGACAGAAUGGAGAGUUUGCACAGUGACAAAAGUAGAAGAAGUGAAAAUAGUAACAAGAAUGUUGCCUAUCAUAGGGAGCACCAUUAUAAUGAACACAUGUUUAGCACAACUUCAAACAUUCUCAGUCCAACAAGGUUAUCGAAUGAAUCGUCAUUUUGGUUCCUUUGAAGUACCAGCACCUUCAGUACCAGUAAUCCCAUUACUCUUCAUGUGUAUUCUCAUACCUAUUUAUGAUUUAUUAUUCAUCCCAUUUGCUCGUAAAAUCACAAACCAUCCCUCUGGUAUUACACAACUCCAACGCGUAGGCGUUGGAUUAGUCCUAUCUAUCAUCUCUAUGGUUACAGCUGCAGUGGUUGAGAUUAAACGAAAGAAUCAAUCCUUGACAAAUCCAUUGCAACCUAUACAUGUGUUUUGGUUAUCUUUCCAAUAUGCAAUAUUUGGAAUUGCUGAUAUGUUUACUUUAGUGGGAAUGCUUGAGUUUUUCUACAAGGAAGCACCUAUAGGAAUGAGGUCACUUUCUACUUCUUUUACAUGGAUUUCACUCUCUUUUGGCUACUUUCUGAGCAGUGCGUUUGUUGAUAUUAUUAACUCAGUCACCAAAAGAGUUUCGUCGAGUAAGAAAGGAUGGUUGGAUGGACAAGAUUUGGAUCAGAAUAAUUUGCAGCUUUUCUAUUGGGUUUUGGCUAUUCUAAGUUGCUUAAACUUUAUAAAUUAUAUUUAUUGGGCUACUUGGUACAAGUAUAAAGCAGAUGAUCAACACAAUUCAGGUCAUGAUAAUGAAAUUGUUUUACCUAAAUCAGCUUCUGUUAGUAGGGUGCCAUUCCUCAAGGCAAAUGAGAAUGAUGUCACAAUUACACAAGGAGGAGAAAAUUAAAUGUUAAUGAGAGUAAUGUUUUGUGGGGCUGUGUGUUGAUUCUUUUGAGUUGUGCUUUUAGCUAAUUUUGUUUGAUGAGGGUGAAAGUUCUUACAUAGAUAUAUGGUUGAAAUUUAAUCAGAUUGUAAAAGCUUUUCAAAUGUGAAAUGAAGCAUGUACUGUUCAUUCA